AUGGGAGACCGAAUUGACAACCGGCACUUCGACUACGUGCUGCCCGUCCAUGUUGACGUGGAUCAAAUAAAUGAAGUGAAUAAAACAUGCAUAUACGUGAGUGGAAAUAUGAACCCAUACGUGUAUGCAAAAAACACCAGUGGGAAAUUAACCAAGCUGUUAGGAGGGGCCUACAAUUACCAAUCAGCAGGAUUGAGUGAAGGAGAACCUGAGGAAGCAGCACUUAGGGAAGAGGAGGAGAAGCCACUUCGUGUUAAUCGCUCUGGUGGAGUUACCACCUCGGAACAAAUCUUAGCAGAUCGAACUUUGUUGGGUAACGGGACAAACAGUGUGGUGGCCACCACGCUCAUCGGCCCAACACCAAACUUACAAAUGUUUAGUAGGGGAAUAGAAUCACCUCAAUUUAACAUACGAAUAAAAAACACACAAGGGUUUCGAGACGAUCGAGAGAAGACCCUGGAAGAAAUAAUUGUUAAAAACUGUCAACAAAUAAUUGACCAAGGUAUGUAUAAAUUUCAACAGUUUCAAAUCAGAGUGCAGAUUCUACGUGAGUGUGCAUAUAUUUUAUCGAGCAUUAUAAAUUCGAUCAUUCUUAAUUUUAUUUAUAACAAUAUAAGUUUGAACUUUGUGGUCAAUUCUGUUAACAUUGGCAUUGUGGACAGGAGCAAGUAUGGGGCCUACGUGGCGGAGCUGUCACGUGUAAGGGCCGGGACGGGACGGAAGAGUCCUGAGGAGGUCGCUAAUCGGGGGGUCAUUACGAAUGAGGGGAUGGACACACAUUCGGAGGUUCCCCCUGCCAACCCUAGUGUGAGUGCCCCCCCACAUGCGGACAAACUUUUCUACACAGACGGAGAGAUGUACAUCCCCAAAAUUAUUUUGGACCCCCUUGAGGAGGAAGUCGACCUGUACUGCAGCAGCGCCUUCUGCUUCAUCGUCGCUCCGGAAUUUCAAAAGGUUAUCUCCAACAUAGUAAUAAAGAACUCUAUUGGCAUGUCGUCUGAAGUGUGUAACCUGGCCAAGUGGUACGCUUGUGAGGUCUCCCGACUUUUACACAGCGGCGUAAGGCGCACUUACGCUUCGCAUUUAAAGCGGCUGGAAACCUGCCUCGCCAGCAACUAUCUCUAG